AAAGACCUGAACUCCGAAUUGCCAUUUGCUACCUUAAAUUCAUUCGGUUUGCUGUCGCAAAGAGCAAAUAUUUCUAAAAAAGCGGCAGUGCAGUUGAAGGGAAUGAUAUCUUUCAGACUAGCCCAGGUGAAGGACCAGAACCAAUUGGAGCUUACUAUAGGAUGUAACCUUGCUGGGAAAUGGAUCCUUCAAUGGGGAGCGUCCUCAAUGGACGACAGUGGCAGCGAAUGGGAUCAACCUCCUGAAGAAAUUACACCACCGGGCUCAAUACCCAUCAAAGAUUAUGCUAUUGAGACACCAUUGAAGAAAUCAUCCUCAUCUUCUUCGGGAGAUUGUGUUCAUGAAGUGAAGAUUCAUCAUGUUCUCGACAAAACAAUUGCAACUAUAAAUUUUGUUUUGAAGGAUGAAGAAACUGGAGUUUGGUAUCAGCACAAAGGGAGAGAUUUUAAGGUGCCUCUUUUAGAAUACCAUGGUGAAGAUGAAAAUAUAGUUGGAACAAAAAAGGAUUUGGAUUUAUGGCCAGGGGCUUUGGUUCAGCUAUACAACCUCCUUGUCAAAGCAGAAUCAAAUUCUAAAGAUCAAGGAAGCAAUGGUGAAUCUGGAGAUACAAAGGAGAACAAAAUGUAUUUGGAAGGAUUCUAUGAAGAGCUGCCUAUUGUAAAAGAAGUAGCUGUUGAUAAUUUGGUCUGUGUCUCGGUUAGUAAGCGUCCAGAAACAACAAAAUAUCUUUUGUAUUUGGAAACUGAUCUACCUGGAGAUGUUAUUGUUCAAUGGGGAGCGUGCAGAGAUGAGACUAGGAAAUGGGAGAUUCCAGCUGCUCCUCAUCCUCCGGAAACAACAGUGUUCAAGAACAAGGCCUUGCGUACCCUACUGCAGCCGAAAGAAGGGGGGAAGGGAAGUUGUGGAACUUUUACCAUAGAAGAAGAUUUUGGAGGAUUUCAUUUUGUUCUCAAGCAGAAUGAGAACUCUUGGUUAAACUAUAAGGGAGAUGACUUCUAUGUCCCCUUCUCAAGUUCUGGUAACCUGCCUGAUCACCCGAGACGGAGCGAAUCAGAGGAUGCAGAAGUAUCUAGAAAACCUGAAGAAGAAUCUGAAGGAGUUUCUGUUACUGACAUUUCUUCUCAGAAGACUCAAAAGAAAAAAACCAGAGAAGCACAAGAAAGCAUUCUUCAGGAAAUUGAAAAAUUGUCUGCUGAAGCCUAUAAUCUCUUCAGAAGUUCUUCUUCAACAGAGGAAAUAAUUGAGACGCCUAAACCUGUCGAACCACCCAUUCAAACAUCCUCUGGCACAGGUACAGGUUUUGAAAUAUUGUGCCAAGGGUUCAAUUGGGAAUCUCACAAGUCUGGAAGAUGGUACAUGAUACUUAAAGAUAAAGCUGCAGAAUUAUCCUCCCUUGGUUUCACUAUGCUAUGGUUGCCACCUCCAACAGAAUCUGUGUCACCAGAGGGGUAUAUGCCGAAGGACUUGUAUAAUUUAAGUUCCAGAUAUGGUAACAUUGAUGAGCUGAAGGAUGCUGUGAAGACGUUCCAUGAUGUUGGGAUAAAGGUUCUUGGUGAUGUUGUCCUAAAUCAUCGUUGUGCACAUUUUAGAAAUCAAAAUGGUAUUUGGAAUAUAUUUGGUGGUCGCUUAAAUUGGGAUGAACGUGCUGUAGUUUCAGAUGAUCCACAUUUUCAGGGUAGGGGCAACAAAAGUAGCGGAGAUAACUUUCAUGCUGCGCCUAACAUUGAUCAUUCACAAGAUUUUGUGAGAAAUGAUAUUAAAGAAUGGUUAUGCUGGUUAAGAAAGGAGAUUGGGUACGAUGGGUGGAGGCUUGAUUUUGUCAGAGGAUUCUGGGGGGGUUAUGUGAAGGAUUACUUGGAUGCAAGUGAACCUUACUUUGCUGUUGGCGAAUACUGGGAUUCCUUGAGCUAUACGUAUGGUGUGAUGGAUCAUAAUCAAGAUGCUCAUAGACAGAGAAUCAUUGACUGGAUAAAUGCUACUAAUGGAACUGCUGGGGCAUUUGAUGUUACUACCAAAGGGAUUCUUCAUUCUGCAGUUGAUAGAUGUGAAUAUUGGCGUUUAUCAGAUCAGAAACGAAAGCCUCCUGGAGUCGUUGGAUGGUGGCCCUCUCGUGCUGUUACCUUUAUAGAGAACCACGACACUGGAUCUACUCAGGGUCAUUGGAGAUUUCCUAGUGGAAAAGAAAUGCAAGGAUAUGCUUACAUCCUGACUCAUCCUGGGACACCAUCACUAUUCUUUGACCACAUUUUCUCCCACUACAAAUCUGAGAUUGCAACACUUAUUUGUCUUAGAAAACGGCAGAAACUUCACUGCCGGAGCGUAGUUAAAAUUGAGAAGGCAGAAAGGGAUGUGUAUGCAGCCACCAUGGAUGAAAAAGUUGGAGUGAAGAUUGGACCAGGCAACUUUGAACCUCCUAGAGGAUCCAGUGGAUGGUCAUUGGUUAUGGAGGGAAAAGACUACAAGGUCUGGGAAGUAUCCAACUAAAUCCUGGUGAAUCCCUAACUUUAGACAACAGCCAACUUCUCUGGGACUUUAUUGGAUUGUGGAGAGUAGAUUUAUACUGUUAUAUAUGUAUCAUACAUGUUCAUC